AAUGGAUAAUCAAUUUAACAAUAUUAUUAUAGGAGAAGACUAUACAAGUGAUGAUUAGUUAAUUAAAAAAAAGAUAUUCUAAUUUGAUGCUGAGUUUGAGAAAUUGAAGAGGAUGGAAGAAGAAUAUUAGGAAGAUAUAAAAAAUUUGGAAGAUAGGAUAUAAGAGAAUGAAAACAAGAAAGUUGAAAUCACAUAAAAACUUCAAUAAAGUGUAGAUGCAAUAAGUGAAUAAAAAUAAUAAAUACUAAUAUUGGAUGCCAAAAUAGCAUUUAUUAAAAAGAGAUUAAAUAAUGAUCCUACAACAUCAUAAGAAUAAAUUAGAUAGGAAGAAAUUAUAUAAGACUCUGCCUAUUUAAAAACUUUAUUAUAUGAGAAAGAAAGACUCAUUAAUACUUUAAAAUAAAGGAUUUAAAAUAUACGUCCAUGUGUUGAAGAAGAGAAAAAGUUAUAAUAACUUCAAUAGGACUUAGUUUUAAAGAAGGCUUAAUUAGAGGAAAUUAAAAAUUAAUAAUAAGUUGGUAAUCUGAAUUAGUCUUACAAAAAUAUUCAGGCUAAACUUAAUGAGUUAUAGUUAAUGAAAGAAAAAAGAAUAGAAAUUUAAAAUGAGAUUUCAGCAUUUAAUUCUAAGAUUAGAAGAGAAUAGGAUGAAAAAUAUAUGUUAUUCAAUUAAUUACAAAUAGUGAAAACUAUAUAUUAAACUUAUGAAAAUAGAGUUGAAUAAUAAAGAACUAUGAUUAAUAAUCUUAAAGAAGAGAAUAAUAAUGAUACAAUUAAUCAAUUUUGA